AUGGAGAAUGUGCGGCAGGAGUCCUUCCGGAAGCUUCGUGCUCCAUGUGUUGAGCUAAGCUCAGUAGGCCUUGCAUUCCGCGGGCAUCAUAAAACUGCCAGCGAUGUACUUCAAGCCCUCAACCCAGUUCACAGCAUCCUGACCCAACUUGCCGAUGAAGACGCUCUGGACGGGAAACUGGCCGAAUAUGCGUUCUUUCCUCUCUCCCAUAUAUUCAACGAGACACAAAGACUUUCCGCAAGGUCUCUGGAGCUGGCAGUGGAUUGCCUGCGGAUCUUGAUCGCGAAAGGAUGGCGGCAGAAUCUAUCACCGCAAUUGGGCAAGCAGCUCAUAAUAUUGCUGACCCUCAUUGCGGGCGGUACACCAAGCAAAACCAGCGGAAGCCAAACAGCGCAGUCACGGCCUGUGGAGUUAGGUAUUGCCUGCUUCAAGUGCUUCGCAGCCAUAUUUAGCGUAUUAGAAGGGCCUGUCGCUGAGCAAACGGUCUACCAUGAGAUCGGAACCGCCACCAUUGUUGAUCAAGCGGUUUAUAUCCUACUUGAAGGUGUUGAAGAUGGUCGAUCAGAUGAACUUUGUGUGGCUGCCGCAGAGGCGCUCCGGGCCCUCUUUGGACGUAUUACUGAUCGAGUAGUGCUCGCCAGCAUCAUGCCACGAACGGUUUCGGCACUGACCAAGGUUCUGAAACCGACGACACAAACACGGCGCUCAUAUAAGCUUCUUACAUUAUGUUUACAAAUUCUGACCAACAUGCUCAAACUGGUGCUAAACGAUCAAGUCGCGAGUGCAGUGUCGGAUGAAUCAAACAAGUCUCAGAAAGCAGAUGAUAGACUGGUACUUGAUGACGCUUGGCUGAAAGCGACAACUACCCAAGUCAGACUUGCUCUCGCCAAUGUCAUCCAAAUCAGGCGUCAUAAUCGGCCUGAAGUGCAGUCUGCACUCCUAUGCUUAUGCACGAUGGUUAUAGAAGACUGCGCUAACACGCUCAGCGAGUCAAUUUCACUCAUGGUGGAGACAGUCGUCGUCCUGGCAAACUCGGAGCAAGAGGAGAUGUCGAACGCUGCGUCUACCACACUACACCAUCUGGCUACCACAUAUCCCGCGGUACUAGAUAUCCUUAAGGACUCUCUCCAGACAUGGAUCACUACAUUCCCAAGGACUAUGCAGGGUAAUGAUGAAACAGCAAAGCAAAGGGGGAUCAAGCAAAUAUCAACAGCGUUCCAGGUACUGUCACGGGUCCAGUUUAGAUCCGACAUUCUCACCACAGGGCUAGCAUCAGGCUUAUGUGAUAGUGUUGCCGUUGCUGUCAACCUUACAUCCAAGAAUCCUCAGCCAGUAAAAGACGCGGUCAACAAUCUAAGUCUAGAGGUGCUACACAAAGGACACCAGUCAUUAUCCUUUCCCUCUGUGCUGCUGGAGCAUAGAAGCCAGCAACAGACUCUUCAGGAUCUCCACUCAAUGAUCGUCAGACUUAACGAGUCGGAAUCUGGCAACCAAAUUACCCAGUCUAUCGUCAACCGAAUUCACCAUGCCUCUGGGGACGCAAUGAUUGCACCAUUCUGGCUCGCCCUGAAUUUCUUAAAGAAUAGAUCAAUGACAGCAACUACUUUCGAUGACUUUAUUUCUUCGGAUCACAUCGAAGUAUCGACUGGAAAUAUCACUAGCAAAGGCAUGAUUGAGGAGUUGUAUUAUCUUUCCCUACCACUUCUCGAUGAACCAUUAGCAGAAACGCCCCGAGAUUGGCGUGUUUCUGCUCUUGCAUUGGAAACAGUCGCGCUCCAAGCACAGCAGCUUGGGGAGGCAUUCCGUCCUGAGCUUAUGGAUGCACUCUACCCUGUCCUCCAGCUUCUCGCCUCAAACAAUUCGAAUCUUCAAAGACAUGCAAUCGUGUGUCUCGAUAUCCUCACCACGUCCUGCGGCUACGAAAAUACUAGCACCAUGAUCAUAGAAAACGUCGACUAUCUUGUGAAUUCGGUGGGUUUGAAAUUGAACACGUUCGAUGUGUCUCCUUAUCCCCCACAAGUCCUCUUUAUGAUGGUAAAAUUGUGCGGUGCCCAGUUAAUACCAUAUUUGGAUGAUCUGGUUGACUCGAUGUUCGGAAUUCUGGAUUUGUACCAUGGCUACCCCAGGCUGGUUGAAACAAUGUUCAAGACUUUGGCUGCCGUUGUCGAGGAAGGGACGAGAAAUCCAGCGCUUCUAGCUAUCACUGGUGGCAAAGAGGGCAAGGCUGUCGAUCAUCGCAAGCGCCAUUAUCAGAGACUGCUUGUCUCUACGCUUUCAGAGGAUCUAGCUGACCGUAAGAGAAAGCGUGCCCAGUACAUGGAUGAAGAUGCAGAAAGGGAUGAAAAGAUGGCACAUCCCAAAAAGCCAUGGAGAACGGAGGCUGAAAAGGCCGACCAAAUGGAUAUCGACAACUUAUCCGAUCUCCUGAAUGGCGAGGAAUCGGACGAACCUCUUCCCCCCCCUCGUGAACCCGAAGAUGAAGAGAAGCCCCUCAGCAAAUCGCACACGAUUCUUCUGCAUAUCGUGAAGUCGAUACCAGCACAUCUGACCUCUCCCUCGCCUUACCUGCGUCGGUCUUUACUCUCUAUUCUCGUUCAGGUCUUCCCCUCGCUGGCCCAGAAUGAGAACAGUUUCCUACCCCUCAUCAAUGAUCUCUGGCCUGCCGUUGCUUCAAGAAUCGCCUUCCCUUCGUCAGUUCUCGGUGGACCGCCCUCUAGCACCCUUACAGAUGACUGGUCAGGGUCGUCAACGAAUGCUCUCGAGAGGACCAAUAAGCGCGAGCUCGGCAACUUCGAUGCCCAAGAAGAACUCUUCGUAACCACGGCCGCCUGCGAAGCCGUGGAAAUCAUGUGCAAGACAGCCGGCGACUUCAUGGCCUCGAGAGUCGAGACCGAAUUCCCCCGCUGGGAACGGCUCUACCGCCGCGUAUGGGACAAAGUCCGUCAAGACGCAGAAAAGGCAAUCGAGCGACGAGCACAACAUCAACCCACCAACACAGCAGCGGUCUCCCCGGCGCAACCAGAUCCCAGCCUCACCAUCCAAUCCACCUCCUUAUCCCUCACCAUCUCCUCCGGCCCCUCCGGCUCCCGCGCUUUCACACCCUAUCAUACCCUCUGGCGCUCCCUCCUUACCCUCUUCAUCACCCUCCUCACACACGUCCGCCUCCCCCUAUCCACCGGCGACCAGAUCUGCACCUUCCUCGGCGACUGGAUAGCCCGCUACGUCGGACCAACCUACUACUCCCGCUUCCAUCUGCAGAAACACGCGGGAACACCAGACGCGCGGGGCGCAGACCUCCAGCCCGUCGAACACGCCAUCCAAGCCAUGGAAACCUGGAACGCAGACCUGACCUGGUUCAUCUUCGAGCGGCAGAAAACUCGGGCUCAGAUGGCUGUGCCGCUGGCGUCGGCGUCGGCGGGGAGUAAGGCAGCUCGUCCGGUGGCGUUGAUCAGUGAGGUUCCGGAGAAUCCGUUGCAGUCGUGGUCUAAGUUGGCAGAUCGGCUACGGUUUGCGGAAGUGGUUUUUUGA